AAGCUACUCAAACCCCAAUGGUUUCUACUCGCAGCCGCACUAACUCGGGCUCGUCAUCCGCCGCUGAGCUUCCGCAGAAGCGCUCGGCUACCGCGGACGCGUCCAAACGCCCCACCAAAAAGUCUUCGACUCCCAAGGCAGCCGCCAGCGAUCUGGCCGUGGGCAAGCCCGUGACUGUGAACGUGACGCUUGUCAACCAGGAAGAGAAGGAGGUCGUGAUCGCCGACACGUUCCGCGACCAGGGAGUCGUUUUCUUCAUGUACCCUCGCGCCAACACUCCCGGCUGCACCAAACAGGCCUGUGGCUUCCGGGACAACAUCCAGACCAUCAAGGACGCUGGCUUCACGGUCUACGGCCUGAGCGGCGACUCGCCUAAGUCACUGGCCAACUGGAAGACCAAGCAGAGUCUGCCAUUCGACCUACUGAGCGACCCGGAGCACAAACUUAUUUCGUACUUCGGCAGCUCACUGCCAGGCAAGAAGGUGCAGCGCUCGCACGUCGUCGUCCUCAAGGGAGGCGUCGUGGGCGAGAUCGCCGCCAAGGUGUCUCCUGCAGACAGCGUCAGCCGCGCCGUCGAGUUCCUCGCGGAGGGCAACACCGUGAACUUCGACGUCGAGCUCCAGACGGACUCCUCGGCGACGGUGAAGGUUCAAGAUCUGUUCAAGACUCGUGGCGCCAUCUUCUUCAUGUACUCGAAGGCGGACACGCCCGGUUGCACCACCCAGGCUUGUGGCUAUAAUGACAAUUUGGAGGCGAUCAACGCCGCCGGAUUCGACGUCUACGGCCUGGGCGCCGACUCCCCCGCCGAGCUUCUGGCGUGGAAGGAGUCGCAAAAGUACAAGUACACGUUCCUAUCGGACCCGAAGCAUCAUCUCAUUGGCUACUUCGGCAGCUCCAUCAACGAUGGGACGCGUGUGGAGCGCUCGCACGUGAUCGUGCUUCCGGGCGGCAAGGUCGGCCAGAUCGAGCAUAACAUCUCGCCGCAGGACAGCGUGACCAAGGGCCUCGAGUUCGCCAAGAGCCACACCGUCGACGCGGCCAGCAAGCUGUAAGUCAGUGAAUUAACGGGUGACGCCGUCAGUUGGUGCUGAAGCUUAUACGCUACGCCGUAUCCACGAUGCACAAAACACAAAACUACUAUCCUUUUGCCAUUUUUUUUAUAUCGGAACGUGCUUACUUUUACAUCUUUGCA